AUGGCCUCGAAUCCAGGACAUGUUCGCAAUAACCCUUUUACGAGAAACAACUCGCCUUCGCCCUCGCCAGGCCCAGGGAUCCCCAAUGGCAGACCAAAAUCCCUAACAAUGGCAUCCCCAUUGUCUGGAAACGGAACCCAGAGCCCGCCAUACAAUCGACAUCAAUCAUAUUCCUCCCUUGCGGGAGUAGUGGCCCCGACUAAUGAUGGGACUACACGGUACCGCUCCGAUUCUAAGAACGGAACCCCUACUUCCAAUACAUUUGCGCCUUCAUUUAUAAAGUCGGAAGAAAUCCGAAACGGACCUGAGCCUGUGAGAGGCAUUGAAGGAGAGAAUGAUUUCUCCGGUAAGAGAUAUGUCUGGUUGAAAGACCCACAGGUAGCAUUUGUGAAGGGAUGGGUUGUGGAAGAGGUGGGAAGCAACCAAAUACUCGUCCAGUGUGACGAUGGAAGUCAACGAGAAGUGAGUGCAGAUAGCGUCGACAAGGUCAACCCGGCGAAGUUCGACAAGGCAGACGAUAUGGCAGAGCUCACCCACCUUAACGAAGCCUCCGUUGUUCACAAUUUGCACAUGAGAUAUCAAGCGGAUCUGAUAUACACCUAUUCUGGCCUGUUUUUGGUCGCAAUAAACCCAUACUGCUCUCUCCCUAUUUAUACAAACGAGUACAUCAACAUGUACAAAGGCCAGAGCCGAGAGGAGACAAAACCACAUAUCUAUGCCAUGGCAGAUGAGGCAUUUCGAAAUUUAGUAGACGAGGGCGAAAACCAAAGUAUCUUGGUGACUGGUGAAUCUGGUGCUGGGAAAACUGAGAAUACCAAGAAGGUUAUCCAGUACCUUGCAGCUGUGGCACAUUCAGAAUCGCCAAUGAAAGCCAAAGCUCAACAGCAUUCGAAUCUUUCCCAACAAAUUCUCCGUGCAAAUCCAAUUCUAGAAGCCUUUGGAAAUGCUCAGACUGUGAGAAACAACAAUUCCUCGCGGUUUGGAAAGUUCAUUAGAAUUGAAUUCACUCGAACGGGUACUAUCGCAGGUGCAUUUAUAGACUGGUACCUCUUAGAGAAGUCACGAGUCGUAAGACUCAAUCCCCAUGAGCGAAAUUAUCAUGUGUUCUAUCAGCUACUAAAAGGAGCGGAUCGAAAAUUAAAGCAUGAUUUCCAACUGGAUGACCAGGACGUGGAAGACUUUACCUACACGAGGGAUGGCCAGGAUACAAUCACUGGGGUCUCGGAUCGAGAUGAAUGGGACUCGCUGAUUGAAGCGUUCAAUAUAAUGGGGUUCUCCGAGAAAGAGCAGGUCUCCAUUCUUCGAACUAUUGCUGCAGUGCUGCAUCUGGGGAAUGUUACAGUGGUAAAAGAGAGUAGAGGGGCCGACCAGGCGCGGUUGGCCCCAGAUGCCCGUGUCCACGCCGAGAAAGUCUGCAAAUUGCUAGGGAUCCCCAUGGAACCAUUUAUUCAAGGACUGCUGCACCCUAAGGUCAAAGCCGGCCGAGAAUGGGUGGAAAAGGUCCAGACUCCUGAGCAAGUGCGGCUUGGAAUUGACGCCCUGUCGAAAGGUAUUUACGAGCGGAGUUUCGGUGACUUGGUCAGUCGGAUCAAUAGGCAGCUUGAUCGAACUGGAAUGGGCAUGGAUGACUCCCACUUCAUCGGAGUACUUGAUAUUGCCGGGUUCGAGAUCUUCGAAGAGAACAGCUUUGAACAGCUGUGUAUCAAUUACACCAACGAAAAACUCCAGCAAUUUUUCAAUCACCAUAUGUUUGUGCUAGAGCAGGAGGAAUAUGCUCGCGAACAGAUCGAAUGGAAAUUCAUCGAUUUCGGUCAUGAUCUUCAGCCCACAAUUGAUCUGAUCGAGCUUCCUAACCCUAUCGGUAUUUUCUCUUGCUUAGAUGAAGACUGUGUUAUGCCAAAGGCCACGGACAAAUCUUUCACAGAAAAGCUGCAUUCUCUGUGGGAUCGCAAAACCGCUAAAUAUCGACCUUCGCGACUUGGACAGGGCUUCAUGCUUACCCAUUAUGCGGCCGAGGUGGAGUAUUCUACUGAUGGCUGGUUAGAAAAGAACAAAGAUCCUUUGAACGACAACAUAACAAGACUGCUGGCUGCUUCUACGGAUAAACAUGUUGCGUCUCUUUUUGCCGAUUGUGCGGAGCCCGACGAUGAAACUGGCGCUACUAGAAGCAGGGUCAAAAAGGGAUUAUUCCGAACCGUUGCGCAGAGGCACAAAGAGCAAUUGUCCAGUCUGAUGGCUCAGCUCCACUCAACCCACCCACAUUUCGUGCGAUGUAUUAUUCCCAACCACAAGAAACGCCCUAAGCAGCUUAGUGCGCCCCUUGUGCUUGAUCAAUUACGUUGUAAUGGUGUUCUUGAGGGAAUUCGUAUUGCUCGUACUGGCUUCCCAAAUCGACUCCAGUUCGCCGAGUUUCGACAAAGAUAUGAAGUUCUUUGCCGGAACAUGCCCAAGGGCUAUCUGGAAGGACAAAUGGCAGCUACUAUAAUGCUCGAUAAGCUCGGCCUGGACAAGGCCCUUUUCCGAGUUGGACUUACCAAAGUUUUUUUUAGGGCUGGGGUGUUGGCAGAACUGGAAGAACAACGGGAUGCCUUGAUAAGAGAAAUCAUGUCCCGGUUUCAGUCAAUUGCACGUGGCUUUAUCCAGCGACGGAUUGCCCACAAAAGACUCUAUAGAGCAGAGGCUACGAGGAUUGUCCAGCGGAAUUUCCAGGUAUACCUCGACCUUUGUGAAAGUCCUUGGUGGAGACUGCUCGCCAAGAUGAAGCCCUUAUUAGGUGCCACCCGCACCUCUGGAGAGGUUAAGAAGCGAGACGAAAUGAUAUUGAAACUCAGUGAGAAGAUGAAGCAAGACUCAGCUGAACGCCAACGGUUGGACGAGGAGCGCCGAAAUGCAAAUACUGAAAUGCAAAGGAUCCAACAAACUCUGGAAAGCGAACGAGCCCUAGCCUUAGAUAAGGAAGAGAUCUUCAAGCGGUUACAGUUACGGGAAGCAGAGUUGAGCGAUAAGUUGGCAGGAGCUUUAGACGACCAAGAGAAGCUCGAGGACCAGCUAGAUGACCUCUUUGAAGCAAAGAAGAGUGCCGAAAAUCAAGCUGAGCAAUGGAGAUCUCAACUGGAGCAGGCCGGCUUCAUCAUCGAAAAAUUGGAGAAGGAGAAAAGAGAGUUGUCGGAGAAGCUGCAUGACCUGGACUCACAGCUUAUCGAAUUGGCACAGGCCCAGUCCGCAAGAAGUCAGGACGAAUCACGCCUAAGCCAAGAGGUUAACUUGCUUCAGAGCCAAAUGAGCAUGAAAGACCGCAAGGUCCACGAUCUUGAGAGUAAGCUGCUCAAGGUUGACCAGGACUUGGAUAUAAAGCUUGCAAAUGCCAACAAGGAGCUGCAGGCUACACGGGCGCAGGAACGAGAGCUGGCUAGCGAAAACCGACGAGUGCACCAGCAACUAUCAGAAUUAUCUGCAACAUCUACUAGCUAUGAAGAUCUCGUGCGACGGAAGGAGAGCGAAUUGUCUGUCCUAAGGUCUGAUAAUCGCAAGUAUGAGGAAGAACGCAAGAACUUUGAUACCGAGAAACAAGCAUUAGCGAAGGACAAGGAGAAUGUUGCUAAUCGACUCCGGGAAGUUCAGGCUGAGAUGUUCACCAUGAAGUCACAGAAAACCCAACUCGAAAGGGAGGCCGCAGAUGCGAAAAAGCUGCUCGAUGCAAGGCUGAACGAAGAUGCUCAAGCGGGGCAGAACCGCAAGAUGCUUGAACGUCAAAUUGCAGAUCUCAAAGAACAGCUCGCCGAAGUUCAGAGAGAUCUCAGCAAGGAACGGCAGUCAAGGGAUGAUGUUCAACUGCUUGCUGAGCAUAAAUACCGAGAAUUGAAUGAGAAGUUCCAGGAAGUCAACGAGGCCAAGAUCAUCAUUGAGAAGGAGCUUUACGUGCAACAGGACACUCUCCGACGCGCGAUGGAGGCUCGGACCACCGCUGAGAAGGAGCGUAACGAGGCCCGCAACGAGAUUAGGCGAUUGCGAGAAGCUAAAGCCGCCGCGGAGGAAGCCCGAAUCCAGGCUGAACUUGCAAGCGAUCGGAAUGCGUUACGGCAAGCGCGAGAACGCGAAGCUAGCGUGCGAAAAGACCUCGAAGCGGAGCAGAGUAGAGCGAAGUAUUUCGAGGAAGAGUGUGGCCGCUUAAACCAGGAAGUGAAGGACUUAAGCAAGAUAAUUUCCGAAUCCACUGAUUUCGGGGCUAGGAAUGACAAAGAGAAGGAGCGAUUGGAGCGAGAACUCAACACAGUCAAGAGCCGUCUUAUGGCAUCUGAGAACGACAAUCGUGCCCUGCUAAAUAAACUCCAGCAGAAAGGUCUCGAGUUAGCCCGGUCAGGCUCCAAGGCUAGCGACACUCAACGUAGUCAACUGCUUACUCUUCAACGUGAUAAAACUAAGGUUGAUGAACAGAAUCAGAAACUGCACAAACAGCUAGGAGACGCUCAAUUGGCAUUGGCCUCAGUCGAGAAGCAGAAGGAGAAACUUGAGUUGAGCCUGGAAGAUCUCAAUCAUGAAGUUGCACGAGAACACAAAACUAGCAGGAAUGCUGAAAAGGCCUCAUCUACGUUCACAAGCCAGCUGGCCGAGGCUAACCGAAAACUUGAUGACGAGCAGCAACUUCAUUCGCAAGCACAAGCCAAGAAUAGGCAGCUUCAAUCCAUCAUAGACACUCGUGAGAAGGAGGUACUCCAACUUAUGAGGCUUGUUGAUCCGGAAAUGACCCACCCGCUUCCGCUAGUUGAAGGUGGAAAUGAUCGUAGUCCUACAAAGACCCCAAAUCUCGUCCCAGGUCUAAUCCAAAAGAUAGAGGAACUCCAAAAUAACCUUCGAGUUCAAGCUGCUGGCCGGUCAAAUGCAGAAGCACAGCUAAUCGACCUCCGGAGAAGAUAUGAGGAGGACUUCGUCGAUAACGAGUCUCCGAGUCGUCCCAAAUUGGAGGAGAUCAAUCCCAACCAGGUCUCUUUCAAUCAAUCCCCGAAUCGUCUUAGAGAGAAGCUUAACGCACGAGCUCGCUCCAAUGUAUCAACACCCACCCGUCGCUUCCCCGGCAAUGCGGCAGAACCGGCACAAGAUUCAGGAAGGUCGGAUCGGACGGCUGAUAUCUUGAGCUUCAACAAUCGCAUGGAUCUCAAAACCGACAUCGAGGAGUUACAAAACCAACUUCAAUUAACACAAAUGCAAAACCGACAUCUUCAAAGCCAGCUGGAACGGUCAACCCCUGCUCGAGAGCUGUGGCCGGAGGACAGUCCAUCUCUUCGUCGUGUGCAGAAGCUUGAGCAAGCCAACAGCAGGCUCCAUGAGCUUCUAGACGACUCCGCAAAGAAAGUGUCUACCCUCGAGAAAAGUAUACAGACCGGCGAGCUAUCACUCCGUGAUAUCCAAACCAAGUCACAUGAGGAACUUUUCGACCUGAUAAACAGCCAAGAAGACUCUCGACGGUCUUUGCUACACGUUCAUAAUGACACUGUUGCUGAUUUAGUUGAUACAAAGAAGCAUUAUGAAGAUCUCAAACACACUCGGGCAACCUUGGAAGUCGAAAUGAGGGAUGCCAAGUCAGAACUUGAAGAGAUCAUUGCUCAAAGGGACCAGGACGCUGCAAGCCGCAGCCAGCUUCUGCAGGACUAUGCUGACCUGCAAAUUCGACUUGAUGCGGAAUCUUCGAAAUUGGGGGAUGUCACCUCGAGUCUUUCGCUUUAUAAGAGCCGCGCAGAUGAAUAUUUUAACAAACUUGAGCAAGCGGAGAUUGCUGUGUUGAAAGCUUCACGGGCCGAGCAGUUUGCUAAAGCCCAGUCAAAGGAAGCAGAAGACACGUGCGCAGAGGUUAUGUCCGAGCGCAAGCAAAUGGAUGCCACUAUCGAGGAUAUUCAGCGCCAGAAUCAACGCUAUGAAGAGAAGCUUGAGGAUAUGUCAGCCGAUCUUGAAGCCGCAGUCCAAGCAAGAAAGCGCCUCCAGCAUGAGCUCGAAGAUUACCGCAGCCAGCGAGCCAUGGAUAUCGAGGAUAAAGAAACCAGCAUGGAACAGACUCGGAAGAAAUACCAAGCUGAAUUUGCAACACUCACUAACGAGUUAGACAUUGCUCGGGAAGAGAAGCUCUUUAAACAAGCUGAAAACACUAGGCUUCGGGACGAACUCGAGGAUCUCCGGUCAAAAUGGGACGACGAAGUGCUGAACAGCUCCACUUGGUCGAAAGAAAAAUCUCGCCUGGAAUCGACUUUAUCCGAUCUCCAAGCUUCGAGAGAUGAGGCAGCUAACGCCCACAAAGAUGCCCAAGAGAAGAUAGUUGGGUUCUUGUCCCAAGUGCGAAGCCUAAGAACGACUAUAGAUGAUCUAAGUGCGGAACGUGAUACCCUUCACCGAGAAAAACGCAGUCUUGAAACGCGGUUGGAGGAAGCCAAAUCAGGACUUGACGACCUUUCUCGAAGCGAUAGCCCUGCAUUGCGGAAUGCAGCCGGCAUGGAUCGUGAGCUUUUGGAACUUAAGUCAGUCCUUGCCCAACAAGAAGACAUCGCCACAGCAGCAGUGGGGAAGAUGAGAAGAGCGGAGGCUUUAUCUGCUGAGAUGCAGAAGGAUAUCGUUGCUGAGCGAGAAAUGACUGUUCAACUCAACAAAGAGAAGGCUGGUUUGGAGAAAUCACUCAAGGAACACCAGGUAAAACUAGUAGAUCUCGAGACCAAGGGCUAUUCCAGCGCUAGCCAGGAUGUUAGAUUUUUGCAUGGACGCGUCCAAGAACUCGAAGCCCAGCUCGAAAGCCAAGAGAAUGAGCGCAAUAAAAGCCAACGCUCAGUCCGGAACGUUGACCGCACCGUCAAGGACCUCCAAUCACAAAUCGAACGUCGCGAUAAGAUAAACGCCCAAUUUGAAGAGGACGUCUCGCGAGCUCGCGACAAAGUCGAGAAGCUCCUAAAGACCAUCGACGAAUUGCAGAGCAGCGACUCGGCUAACCAGCUAAGUGCCCGCCGGGCGGAGCGAGAACUGCGUGAGGAGAGAGAAAAAGCCCUCAGGCUGGAGCGCGAGCUCGAGGCUUGGAAAGUCAUGAGGAUGGAGAAAGGAUUCUCGGUCCAUGGUGGUGGAAGUAUGAGGCCGAGUGGGAGCUGGAGACCUGCCAGUGAGUUCAGCGGAACCGGUGUUGAAGAGAAUGGGAUUGAAGUCCCAACCAGGAAGAGUAGUAUUAGUAGGCAGACGAGUCUUAGCAAAGGGUUUUUGUGA